AAUAGUCGAUAUGUUGUCUUUUUCUAUCCAGUUCUUACUAGUCCACUCCUUCAUUUAGGUCUAUACACUUGAAUCAGUCUUUUUCUUUAACCAUACAUUAUACCACACACUCUUUUCUAUUUUUAAAUAUUCUAUACCAACAGUUAGAAGUAUGUUGAGGUCACUCUUUACACUCACCAACCUUCUUCUAUCCACUGCGGUAGCCUUGCCAUCCGGCAUUAUACGCAGUAGCCAUAUCUCAGGCGGCUUAACCCGCCGGGUAACCUGCGCGACGCAAGCGUCCGACGCCACCAACGACGGCGACCAAGGGGGCGCCGGGAUUCAACUAAGCAACAGGGGUAACGGAACUCGCAGCUUCUUCGUGUAUGAGAACAGCUGCGACAGCAUACCGCUCAAGUAUGUAAAUGUCACCGCCGGGGAGACCAAAUUUGUAGCGUUACCAUCACUAUUCCAAGGCCGCAUCGUGCGUGGGUCCGAAGUCAACUUAGACGGACAGCCACAUACACUAGGCACUUGGCUCGAGAUCGGACUAGACGGUACUGGCAAGGGCUAUGGCGAUAUAUCACUGAUUCGAGGUUGCGACGGUCCUGUGACUCUUGCCGCCAACGAUGGAACCAAUGUGACUACCGGCUUCGACGACUUGACCGUAUUAGCGGAUGCCCCCGAAGAUAUCUUCGAGACCGGGAGUGACGGAUCGAAAGUUAUCCAGGCCACCGAGGGCCUGCUUUCUGCUGUCGUCGAGCCCGUGAGGGACUACCUCGCCAGCAAGCUCGGCUACGAGAAGGCGUACCUCGACGACUACCAUGGCAACCCUGUCAUCUGCUCCUCCAACGAACGAUUCAACGCUACAUUCUACUAGGAGAACAACAAAAGCCAUCGCAUAAGCUUGGGACUUCGGCGUGGCGUUUAGGGAAUUUUGGAGACUUAUGGAAGUUUGACACGGCCGGUUUUGAGCUUGGUGAAAAUAGGUUUAUAAAUUUUAGGAUGGCGGCGGAAAGGCGGAGCCUGUUAUUGGCUUCUAUAACAUUCUUGUGCAUAUUAUACCCCGGUUUUGAGAUAUCCACCUGGGAAUUUGGCAUAUGAGCAUUGCUCCGUGGGCAAUUUUCACUUCUGAGGCAUAUUAAAUUGACAAAGGGGCGGACUGAUAGUUAAUUUUGCUUAUACUGAAUUAUAUUAACUAUACCUUUGAACAACUUAAGAUUUUGAACAUC